AUAACGUAGUAAGGUUCUUGCUUAGCAUUGAUUUCCGAGCGAUGCCGUCCUUGAAAUAAGAAGGCAAUUCCAGCUGCGGUAGGGGAGCGAGCAAGAGAGAGAGAGAGAGUGUGUGAGUGAGAGAUGUGGUCUUGCGGGUGGAGAUGGGCCCGGGGAUGCUGGACCGCCACGGAUUCAGAAGAAUAACUCCCAUCCAGCCUUGUCCUUGAUAGCUCAGCUGCUCUUGAAUCGUCUCGUACCCUUCUCGUCUUCGCUGCCGUGCCGUUGUCGUUGCCUCGUCGACGCCAUUUAUCGCCCACGCUGUUGCGCAUGGAGCUUUGGGUCGUGCGCGGGCUCAUCAUGCUCCGGGGGUGACUAUAUUAGGUUGCGCGAUCAUGGAAACUCUCCCAUGGGAAGACGGGGAUCCCCCGGAUCAUCAGCGUUGGGGAGUAGAAGAACGCGAAGUCGGAGCGAUGGUUGCUGUUGUGCUCCUCGCUGCGAGCCGAUCAGUGCCGAUGGGCUCGAUCGGGUGGGGCGCUUGUGAUCGUGCCGGGGUGCUAUCCACCUCUCAACGCGAUGCACCGUGUCCAAGGUUCCGUGUCAGCGAAACGCCAGGAUGGGAGCAUGAAGCUCACAGCGGUAGCGCUCCUCACUGCGGCGUCGUGGAGGUGGGCUCUCUCGAGCGAAUGCAACUGGACCUGGGCUUGACUGACACCAUCAAGUAUGCCUCUUAUUCGAAGAUUUGGCGAAUGUUAUAUUUCGUAAACGACGCGCCGUUUCGUAUACGCAACUGCCUAAGGAUUGCAGAAUUGUGCCGGAGCACGUCACCGUCUGGUGCCCUUGGGAUUGCUUAACAUUUGACUGGUUACACGGAACUCUCUCUACAAAGUUCAAUGCCAGCUUUCAGGGAGCAGUGUGGACUGGAUGCAUCUACAACAAUCUCCGGCCCGACCUCCACUCAUUUUCUCCGUAAAACCCAUCUUUCAGUAAUUCAUUCAUUAACCAGGCUGCUCGGUGGCAAUCAGGAUGAGAACCUGGAAGAAACUUGCUGUCUAAAGCUGCGGCAUAGGCUUCUCCCAGAGGCUGUUUAUGAUCACCCGGGCGGCCGAACCUUAACUGCCUACUGAUUCUAUGGUGAGGACUGCGAUGAGAAACUCCACCCUCUACCCAUAUGCAAUGCAGUACAGAUCCCAAGAUAGAGUCCCACAAUCCACACAUUCAAGAUUUUCAGCACUAGGUCUGUAAUCAGUUUUGCUGCGUAAUCAUUCUGCCUUUUCCCCCUCCCUACGGAUAUCCAUUACGCUCCCCCUUAGCGUCAAUGCACUUUGUAGUGUGGGGUUUUAGAUAAGGUAGCCGUGAAUCAUGCGGGGCAAUUUGAUCACCAGGAGCGUGAGGCUGAUUACCGUGCUAGUGCAUCCCAUUUAACACCGUAAGCGGCAUUCAUCAUGCAGCCGCCAUUCACUUGUAGAGUGCAGUAUCAAUCCCAAGAUUUUUCGAUAUGGGGAGGUUUAGUAUCCUCCAAAUCCAGUAUCACUGGGGCUAACGUAGUUAAUUAAACCUAAAUUUAUUCUAAAAACGUCUUACUGUUCUCCGGCCUCAUUUCUUACCUCUUCAUUUCAAUAAACAAUCGCUCAACACUCUCUCUGAUCACGUCACCUACCGUUUCCAUUAGCUCUACAAGGCGAUUUCGUCGUAGAAGUAUAUGCGUUGGAGUGAGCAUGGAGUAGAAAAAUGGUGGAACAGUACUCCUUCAUAAUGACUAGUCCUGUAUGAUGAAACUUUUGCAGUGUGCUCUGAGAUAUAAAACAGGCAAUGUAAGUCUCUCCAUGCACUGCACAUGAAAUCUCUGCCGGACUAGGCGUCGGGUGAGGUGGAGAAAACUGCCUAUUUGUUAUUUCUGUCAUGUGGUGUUCACAUCGUGGUCUCCCAGAAAACAUCUGCAAAAUCUGCAGAAGUUAAUUGACUGGUGAUAACUCAUCCUAACCGAAAUAAUACUCUUACAGUUACGCACCAGUCUAUGUAUUUGAGUUCAACAGUAGAAUGUUGGAAAAACUUGUAGUACUGCAUUCAAUCUAUUAAUGAAAACUGCAAAUUUAGAUGUCGA